GUAGAGAAGAGAAUAAAGGAGGAGGAGAAGAAAAAGCAGGCAGGCACACAGCGUAAACAAGCUAAGAAGAGUAAACGUCCGUGCCCACUGACUUAUAUAUUUUGGUUUUGAAGUAACUUUUGUCAGACUUGAAUUUAUUUAACUUGUUGAAGAAGCGUUUACGUGCCUUCCUCUUUAUCGUUUGUUUCGUCGUUUUUCGUGAAUCAGCAUCUGCUCAGUCUUGAAGAUGAAUUCACUGGGCAGUUCUUCCAAAUGGCCAUCUUAUGACUCGCUUCCUUCCACUCCGAGCUUUCUCCUCAGCGAGAGUGAGCACACCGAGGACGAGGCGGACAUCUUCUCCGAGGGAGAGGUGGACAGUGGAACACACAAAUCCUUCUCAGCCGAUGAAGUGUUGACGCUUUCUGGGAGUUGCCAUGACUUCCCAAAUCAUUCAGUUAAGUUGUUCUCCGGGUCUCUGAAUGACCAGUCUGGAGACUGCACCGGUCAGACUAAGCAUCCAGACUCAGCACCUUCUCCCAUAGUCGCCACGAUAGGUUCAUCAUCGGCUACACCUGGAGAUCUGGCCUUCGCUCAGAAGUGUGCAGAUUUGCGCAAGUUUAUCUGCCCUUUGCUUGAUCUUCUACGCGGACUUAAGGCUGGGCGAUUUGACAAAGGUUUAACCAGUUUCCAGCACAGUGUUGCCAUGGACAGACUGCACAGGAUUCUGGGAAUUUUACAGAAGCCUGAAAUGGGUGAGAGAUACCUUCAUAACCUGCUGCAGAUAGAGAUGAUGCUCAAAAUAUGGUUCCCUCAGGUGGCACUUCAGCCCACAUUAACCCAAACCAUCACUCCCAGACUCUUACCACGCUGGCGCCAAAAUCAGCUCCACAUGCCAGUUAAGAAACGAAAGCCGACCUGGUCAGAACCCGACUACUCUGGCACGGUCCCACCCAGGCAUACACACUAUGAUCAUGAAAAACAGGGGAGCUGCCAGCCUGCGACAUCACUUGAUAUCACAUGUUUACCCGGAGCACUUAAAAAACGGAAAGCUCCCAAAGAAGAAGAAGUUGAAACACCUGUACACUGCUGGGCAGCGCGACUUGAGUUUACAAAGACCACUGGCACUUUAAGCAGACCAUCAUAUUUAUGCAGCAAGACGGAAAAUAAGAAUUCGAAGCGGCCUGAGAUUGAUCCACCCUCCCCUCGUGGCAGAAUGGCUGCUACACAGGACGGUUCAGUAUCCACAAGUGCCAACAUUACUACAGAUCACCUUAGCUGGCCUUAGCUGCAGUGCUACCACAUAGAGGUGCCACAGCAUGCCAGCCAGAGUGAGGGUAAAACGUGGUCUAAAUUACAUAAGCAUGAAUUUUGACGUGGAGCCAGUCUGUGAUGGCUGCAAGGCACGUAAAACAGAAGAGGAGGAGAAAUGCAGAGAGACAUUCAUUAACCCCUAACUACCCAGUGUGGCUUACAAUUACACUGGAUGUAUUGCACUAUUUUACCAUGAACUGUACAUAUAUUGUUUGUAAGUUUUGUAUUCACUAAGUUAAAAAAUGGAAAUACUUAUGUUUUUUGUUAAUGCAAUCUGUGCUCUAUUUUAUAUUUUUUUCAUAUCAUGGAAUACAGCACAAAGUACAAGAUUUCAGCACAAAAUACAAGAUUUCAUGGCAGUAGUGAAGAACAGCAAUGACUAUAAGUCAGAUAAAAAAGGUAAUUUGACGAAGUGACUAAUUUUUAAAAAAGAUUUAAACAAUUCUUUUUUUUUUUUUUUUUUUACAAUUUUGUCAACCAAGCGACUAAUAGAGAACAUAAUUGGCUUAUUAAUCAACCAUAUAAAUAAUCCUUAGUUGCAGCCCUGGUACUGUUACAUAAAAUCUUUAAAUCUCGUGAUUAAAAUGACAGUUGGGAAAAAAUUGUCACCAGUCAUUGUAACAUAUGGUCAAACAAAGGCAAGUAGCUGCUGCCAAAAGUGCCAACAAAAAUAUUUUGCAUUUCCAUUCCCCAAAGAAUGAUUCUGUAUUUUAGAGCCCUUAACAAGCACACAUUAUUUGACUCUAUUUAAAUAAGAAUAGAUACAGUUGCACUUCUGAUAAAGCAGAGAAACACUGCACAGGAAAUACUGCAGUUUGUGAGAUGUUUGGAAAAACGUUUGACUGGAUUUCAAACCUUAAGUUAGUCCAAUGAGUGAACUUGUUUUUUUUUUUUAUAUGAAGACUUGAAAACAAAACAUUUUAUUAAGGAUGUGAGUUUUCAGCAACUCCUUUUUUAAAUUAAAAAUUAUAGAACAAAUGUUUGAAAAUAUGUUUAGUCUUGUGUAAAUUGGAAUACAGGUAGAUGUUUCUGCACUUUGGAUGACAAUGAGGAAAUGUUGCAUAUCUAUCAACGCUUAAGAGUUGUGAUAGUUAUAUCUGCUCACAAGGAUCAGUACUUGAAAACUGAUUUUUAACAGCAGACAUAUGAAGUCAAGUGUUUGUUACCCCUUAGAUGAGUGCUUCACAGUUGCUUGACUCAUCGAUUUUUAUAGGCAAAACAUGCUUAUUUGAUAAUUUUUUUUAUUUGAAAAUGUAUAAUUUUGGCACUAAAGAUGGGAGCUGUUGAAUUCCCGGGCUUAUUGUUCACAUGAAGUAUUUUGGGGUUGUUUCAAAACGCUCCAAAUGAGAUCUGUGUCAUUACGAGGGGGGAAAAAAAGCAGCUUCUGUGUACCAUGAAAAUGGAUUACUGACUUACUGUUAUAAAUUGUAUUAGUAUCACUCCAAGUGCUUUACUAUUAAUUAUGAAACAUGGAAUAGCAUGGAGACAUGAUGAAACUAUUUCCAUUCCUGAACACACAGUUUCUUCUUGAUAAUAAUAUUUGGUUUUUUGUAUCAUCUUUUUCUUUUUAAAUUACAUAUCAUUCAUGUUGAAUGGCGUUUCAUCUCUGGCGUUUUGUCACCAGUCAGCCUUACAUAUAUGUAAUACAGAGAGGUAAUCAUUAAUUUGAAUUCAAUCAUGUGAAAAGUUAUUUUAAUAUGGAUGAUAAAAUUGGGACCUCAGCCACAUAUUACAUUGAAAUGAAAUGUGCUGCUGUGUAGAUGUUCCUCAUGCUUCGCCGUUCAUUGUCACUGGCACUAAGUUAUAGUAUUUAAAAUUGAAAUUGUAUUCAUAUGGUGAAGAACAAUGGAGUAGUGUUGUGCUUAUGUUUUUUGGGUACAGAAAAUAUUGCACCCUACAGUACGGGCAAUGAGCUUUUACAUCUUUUUAAAUUGUGAAAACUUAGAGUAAAA